AUGUAUCACUACUACGCUAAAAGUGCUGUCUGCUACGUUUACUUGAGCGACCUGGUGAGUGGGAAGUCUCUUGAUAUCGAUGAAGAUGACAACGAAGACGACUCUGCCGAAUUCAAGUCAUGCCGGUGGCUCAGAAGAGGAUGGACGCUCCAAGAGCUGAUCGCGCCCUCCAAUCUGAGUUUCUACAAUCAAUCUUGGAGCAUUGUGGGCAAGCUCGAUCGAUUCGAAGCCGUGGACUCGAGCUUGUCGCAGAGACUCGCAGACGCUACAGGUAUCGACCUAGACCUACUCACCGGUGUGAAGCAGCUUGAAGACUUUAGCAUAGCUCAAAAGCUGUCAUGGGCUGCCCUGCGGUCGACAUCGAGAAUCGAGGACGAAAGCUAUUGUUUGCUCGGUAUCCUUGGCGUCAAUUUGCCGCUCCUGUACGGAGAACGAGAUCGAGCAUUCUUCCGGCUGCAGAAAGAGCUUCUUGAGUCAACAGACGAUGAGACGCUCUUUGCGUGGUCGACGCAGCAACCCUUUGAGGAUCAUCGCAAAUUUGGUGGCUUCCUGGCCACAUCGCCUAAAGCAUUCGCAAAUGCAGGAAAUAUCGUCCGAGCACGACUAGCUUUGCCAACCCACAGUCCCUAUCACUGGACGAACAGAGGUCUCCGUAUCACCUUGAACAUGGACACGAGGUUCGGAUCGCCAGCCGUUGGUGCAGCUGUCGCAGUACUGGACUGCGUUUCCUAUGACUCUCCACGACAGCCAUUGGGCAUACUGGUGUCCAUCCUCGACGUCGCGGACACCGCUCGCAUAAUGAAAUCCGCUACAGGCGAGAGUUAUACCAACAAGAAGCUCUCAUCUUCACAGGAAAACUUCAACGUUUACCGCUACCUCCGAGCACCUUCGCCGGUAUCUCUGGCUGCUUUCAAAAGCAAGAACGAGAUAGCCGAGUACCUCGUGCCCGUGCUAGUGCAUGUCCCUCAACACUUGUCAGCCAAAUAUGCUGCAACGAUACAGCAGCGGGCAUACCAGCAAGGGACUGUGGAGGACUUCAGUCCCCGUUUGAGGCUCAUGACAAUCAUAUCUGUGCUCUUUCUGCCACUUACGUUUGUAAGUACUACGUUUGGACUGCAGAGAGACCUUGGUGUGCCAUAUCACGGCUUGACGGUAGUGCUAGCCGUGGCAAUAGCGGCUAUUCUAUUCCUACCCCGGAAUUCGGUCGUCAUUCGGACGGCGACGAAUAUCUGGAAUGCUUUGCUGAGACAACGGUAA